AUGCUUAAAAAACUUGUUAAAUAGUUUCCUAGAUUCUCAUAUAAAUUUGGAGGAAAUCAAUAAUUUGUUAUGGAAGCAAAUGAUUUAUAAGAAAUAGAGAAAUUAAGUGAAGAUAGAAUAAUCUUUUUAAAUUGUUAUGCUUCUUGGUCUUCAGAAUGUAAAUAAUUCAAUAAAACAUUAAUGGGACAUCUAAAAUAAUAUGAAAGUGUAGGCACAAUUCUUAAUGUUGAUAUUGAUAAAAAUGAAACAAUAAAAUAAUAAUUGUAGAUUCAAUCUAUACCAUUUGUUGCUUUAAUUUAUAAGAACUCUUUUAUAGAUAUUUAUUAGAAAAAUUAAAAUUUAGAAAAUUUCAUUAUUUCAAUAGAUCGUCUAUCUAGAGAAAUAAAAGGAGAAGAUUUAGGUGAAUCAAUCUUAAUGUAAUUAAGUUAACAUUCUUUUUAAGAAAAUGCAAAAGAAUUAAUUUAAUUAAGUAUUUCAAGUCAAGAAAAUGAAAGAUUAAAAAAAUAUUAUGAUAAAUUUAAGUUAUAUUAAGCUAAGGGUCAUGUAUUAUUAGGUUAAUUUGAUAUUGUUGAGACUUUAUUUAAGUAAAUUCAAAAGAAAUAAAAAGAUGAUGAUUUUAAUGAAUUAUAUUAAGAAAUAAUGGAAUUCUAUAAAAUGAUGAGGGAUUGGCAUGAACUACCUUUAAUGAUAAAAGAAUAAUUGUAAGAACUUGAUAAGAGACCAGAUGAUUUGAAUCUAAGAUUUUAGAUAAGUGAGAAUGCCUUAAAUGAUAAGAGAUACGAUUUGGCUAUAGAUUUGUUAUUGGAUGUAUAAUUGAUUUAGAAUGUAGUUAGUAAGGAUUGAUAGGAAUUGGGAAGGGAGAAAAGCAUAAAAGAGAUUAUAAUAAAUUUUUAGUGAAUUGGGUUCAUAAAAUGAGAAAGUAAUUAGGGGUCGUCAUGAAUUGGCAUAGUUAUUAUAUUGA